UGUUGCCACCGUGUUGGACUCGGGGGAUUUCCAGUGAGUCCGAGGGCCCUCACUCUCGGUUUAUUAUCGAAAGUAGCCGGGGUCGGGUGGCAGCUUGAAAAACAACCCCCGAAUUUUCCAUCGGGCUUCCAGCCUCGCCCGCAGGGUCCCCCACCCCAGCGAUAUCCGAUAAAUAACGGUUCGGCUGGGCCAAGGCUGGGAGGAGGUCAGCCACCACCUAGCUUGCUACGUCUGGACAGUAGAUCAACUCUGGGUGCGCCCACCGGCUCUCCCUCUCAGUUCCCCCGACCGCCAUUUGGACCACCCCGUCCACCCGGCGCAGCCCCAGGUCAGUUUCCCCGAGGUCCCCCAUCUCAAGCCAAUCCAGGACAGAUCCGCUUUCCUCUGGGAUCUCCAGGGGUCCGGGGACCCUUUCCCCCUGGUCAGCGCCCGACCUUUAACAGCAAUCAGGUCAGGCCGCAGAGACCGUCACUGGAUCCUGGUGGUUCAGGUCAGCACAGGUUCCCUCCACCCGGAGCGGGAUUCCCGUUCAACCCUGAGAAUCGUUUGCCGACCCCGAGAGUCAUCCCGGAGACAGUCGUCACCAAUCCUCAAGAGGGCAAUCCUGUUCCGACCCCUAGGGAGUCACCUGACACCAAAUCACCAGGUCGUCCUCAACCAAAAAGCAGGAUGGAGACAAACGGGCCAAAUCUGGUGGCGAACCAACAAAACGACAAAGAGAACGUCGACUCGGCGACCCCGAAGAAGAGGCCGACCUCCCAGACGGGACUCACUGAUGACGACGAUGAUGAUGACGUGGUGAUGGAUAACGAGAAGGACAGCAAGUCCCAGAAAUCGGCUAGCAACGAGUCCCUCGCAGUCUCGCCGGGGAUCAAGAACACCCCGACUCCUGAACUUAGGACUCCUGCCAAGAGUGAAAUCAGUGCUACUCCCAGUCCUGCGUCAUCGAAAGCACCGACACCAGCUCCCGAGGAGGAGCGAUCAAAAUCACGACUGAGUGAUAACGUUAGGUCACCUAAUGACGGCGAUAACGAGGAGGUGAGUGAGAAGUCUAGACCCCCAAGCGCAUUGUCCUCCAGAUCAGGCCUGAAAUCUCCGACGAAAUCAAUCGGAAGGACCCUGGACCUGCCGUCACCUGGAGGGGGCAGGUCUCCGGAGCUAAAGUCCCCGGUCGUUGGUUUUGAUAACGGGAGGCCGAGGUCGCUGACUGCGAGGUCACCCUCUCCGGCAUCAAGCCCGGGGGCAUCGCAUUCGCCGAAGACCCCGGGGACUCCUAAAUCAGAGAAGAGGACGACGUUUGCGGAUGUGAAGGAGGGAAGUAAGACGGAGAGGUCGAGACCGGGAACGCCGGGGGUGAAGAGCAAACCUGGGACACCUGUGAAGAGCAAACCCGGGACACCUGUAAAGAGCCCGACCAGACCGCAGACACCGAAGUCUGGGAUGAGGCGGUCAGCCUCCGCACGAUCCAUCAAAUCAGAUGGAGGAAGCGAUAGUGGGGCAAACCAGAUGACGCAAAAUGGCUCUCCAACGACAAAUGGUGUAUCAGUAUCUCCCACCAAGAAGUUGCCAAUAAAAUCAAAGGAAGGAGAGAAGCCAAAAACCGCAGGCUCACCAAUAAAAUCACCCAGCAAAUCCGUUAAAUCUCUGCCAAGAACGCCGGAAGCUGGUCCCCCCUCCACCGCUGACAAAAAGAAAGUACCCAUGAACAAAGUUCAAGUUGGCGCAGCGCCAUCGCCGAAUUUGAAGACCAUUCGCUCCAAGAUUGGGUCGUUGGACAAUGCGAGCUACAAGCCUGGUGGUGGCAAAGUGAAGAUUGAGAAUAGGAAAUUGGAUUUCAGCAAGGCGCAGCCGAAGAUUGCAGCGAAGAAUGACAAGUACAUGCCGAGUGGUGGUGACAAAAAGAUACAACAAGUGAAACUUCAGUGGAAUGCGAAACCCAAGGUCGGCUCCCUGGACAACGCAACGUACAGGCCAGGCGGUGGUGAUAAAAAAAUCGAAACAGUGAAGCUCGAUUUUAAAGACAAGGCAAAACCCAAAGUUGGGUCUAAGGAUAAUGCUAAGCACGUGCCAGGUGGUGGUACAAUCAAGACAUCACCGAUCAAUAAGUCACCACCGGAGUCGCAGAGUGAAAUUGAGACCCAGAAAAUCGACAUCAAGGCGGAGAGCAAGAUUGGAUCCCUGGACAACGUCAAACACAGACCCGGUGGUGGUGACAAGAAGAUCUUCAAUGAUCGUGACUAUCUCCGGCAGACUAGCUCGAAUUCUAAUGUCGAAAGUGCCAACGGCAGCGGUGCCCAGUCAGAGAACGGAUCAGAAGACUCGAAGAGGCCAGAACCGAACCCCCCACCUUCGACCCCAACGAGAAGUCGUCCAUCCUCAGUGACAUCACCAGUGACACCACGAGCUCUGAUCUCCAGCCUUCAAGCCAGGUCCCCAGACCUGCCGAAUCCGAAGAGAACUCCCACCCCAGCACCGGAAAUCACCGAGAAACAAGAGUCAUCCACCCCAAGGGCUAGAACCCCUCGGGAGUCUCCAGUCUCUUCAAGACCCCCGAGCAACCUAGACUCCAAGUCGUCAGACAGCUCCAGGAGAUCUUCUUCGGGACUUCACCUCCCGAAAUUACCGAAUCUGUUAGCUCCGAACGUAUCUCCCCCUCAGAAUUCAGAUCCUUCAGAAAUCAAACUUCCGAAACUGGUCGAGAGUUCAAGUUUAUUUAAUCGCACGAAUUUAACAUAGCGACACUAAUUACGAGACAUUUUAGAAUAUAUGGAGAAGGAGAAUGAUUCAAAGUUGUCCCUGAGCUUUAGCAACUGGGAAAUGGGAAAAUUUAAACGAAUUUUUAUCGGAAAUCUAAUAGAAAAUGCAAUAAUUCUAGCUGAGGUGGAUGUCCCAGUAUCAGACUUUGUUCGAGUGGUAGUAGGACAGUUCAUCCCCGAAUUUUCUCGUUCUAGGCCAUUUCAUCCCUUGUCCUUUACAUUUUAGGACAUUUCAUCCUAGGGUUAUUUCAUCCUUAUUUUGGAACGAGAAAUCUUGUGAUGAAAUUUGAUAUUCUAUUUGAUUAGUUUACUCGCAUUCUAUUCUAUUAUGACACAAUUAAGAUGAAAAUUACCAAAAAUUUGAGGAAAAUUGAAGAAAAUAAAUGCAUGUUUAAUAUUUUCUAAUGAACAAAUUAACAUUGGAAUUUUUUGUGUAUUGAGCGAUGGAGAUAAUCCGUUUGUUGUCCUUUAUUUUCAUUCUGCCGUAUUUGAUUCUGGUAGCUCUGUCGUCUGUACAUGUGUGGGAUGAAAUGUCCUAGGAGGAAAGGUCGAUGUUGAACAACAACUAGACUUGUUGCAUUUUGCUAUAGAAUUUUAAUAAAAAUUCAUUCAACUUCAACUAGUCACAUGAGCAUUAAAAUUCGAGAGUAACUUAUCACCGAUUUUUCUCUUUACAUAAAUAUAGCUGGGAUAGAUUCAAGGAGAAAAUUCAUAGGAAUAAUCACGUGAAUGUCGAGGAUUGGUUCACAGAUAUAAUUUCACUAUUUCGCAUUCCUAACUUUUGGUAUAAAAAUAAUCUUAACAUUGGUAAUCGUAACUGAUAGAGAAGGUAAAUGGUUCUGAUGUGGAACUGAAUACUUAACGAACUGGUGAAUCGAAGGGGUUUCAGUCUUUCUUUGGCAGUAUGGGGGGCACUAGCUUGACAUUAUUGAAGUAGGGAUGGCUGAGGGCUUUCAUCGCUGAUAUUCGCUCACUCGGGUCGUAUGUCAAAAGUUUCUGAAACAUGCAGAUGGUGUUGAUCUCCUGAGAAUCUCUUCAAUCAUUAAAUUUGAAAGAAUUGAAAGUCUAUAAACAUUCUUGGAUAAUCCCAAUUUUUAGAAUCAUGAUUUGAAAAAAUACUUUCUUAAUUCAAUCUAUAUUACCCUCUUAUAAAUAUAAAUAAUCAAUAAAAUUUUGUGGAUCUUUGAAAAUUUUCGUUGUGAAAAAGCUCAAAUAUAAAAAAAUAUUUUUUCGUGGAAAUAAAUUGUUCAACUAAAAAAUUGAUUUUCCAUGAAUUAUUUAUGCUUCGUAGUUAUUGGCCUCUGCGGUCAAAGCUGGCCUCCCUCUUGAUUUUUAUCUAGAAAUUAUUUCAAUUCAAUAUUCAUGUGGUUUUUUAGGUUAAAUUUGCCAUGUGUACUGAGUUAAUGUCGGUGGUAAGGAGCAAUAUGUGGGCACUUGCCUUUUAGGUAAUAGGCUUUUCAACUUUUUAUUGUUUAGUUUGAUUUGGUUUGUUUGUAGAGAUAUUCGGUCUAGUCCAAAUGACUGAAUCAAUUUUUAUCAUUUGGACAUAAUAAAUUUCAUCACCUUCAAAUCAGCAAGUGACGCAGAGGCAAAUAACUAGGAAACAAUAAAUUAUUUAUAAAAAAGAUUGUAAUCUCUAGAAAUUGCAAUUUUUCAAGUCUUUUUCAACAGCUGAAAAUGGAGAAUGGAGUGGAGGAUCAGGUGGAAAUUCAGGUGUUGAAUUAGGAAUUUCAACAAAGAUUUCAGUUAAAAAAGAAACCAAAGUACUUAGAAAUUCUCAAGUAUUUUCAGGCAUUAAAUGUGAAACCUUGUCAUAAAUAAAUAGUACAGAUCACUAAAACUUCACUUAAAAGAACUUAGAAUUUUGAAAAUAGAGAAAUCUGUUACCUUUUACAAAAACCAAUUCAACUUAAAAAAUUGAUUUUAGAUAAAUUAUGCAGGAAAAAGAUUAUGAUCUCCUAAAAUUGCAAUUCUUUAAAUCUUUUUCAACAGCUCAAAAUGGUGAAUGAAGUUUGACAAAGAAUAGAAUAUUUGUACAUCCAAAAAUAAAGAAAUGAAAACAAACCGAGAAAAGGUCUUUGGCAUCAUUAUCAAAAUUCGGGACAACUUCGUCAAGAUUCCUGGGGUCCCACUGUGGGAACAUUGAUUUGUAGUCAGGAAGUUGAGAGACACCUGGCCAUAUCUCCUCGUCUGGAGUGCCAAGUGUCCUAAAGAUCCUGAAGAGCUGAUCGAUCUCAGAGUCUCCAGGGAAUAAUGCUCUCUUGGUGGCCUUGAUGGAAGAAAUAAAUAAAUUAUUCACAAAUAAAGUGUUUGAAAAAUUU